AUGGCACAAGGCAACGUCACAUCAGUAGAUCCCUACUUGGUACAAUUUGCACCAGACGACAAGGAAAAUCCAAAGAACUGGAGCAGACGGAAACGUUGGUACCUGACAUAUUUUGCGGGGUUAUUGGGCUUUAAUGUCACAUUUGCUUCCUCGGCCCCUUCUGGCAUUGCUACCCAACUUAUGGCUCAGUUCAAGCUCUCCGAAGAGUUCGUCUAUGGAUGUGUAUACCUGCUGUUCAAAGCAUAUCCUGUAGUGUUCACGUAUCUCUUGAUAUUUCACCCUCAGUAUGAGGCAGCGAUGGAUAAGCACAAAGCAGGAUUGGUUUCUCCAGAGAUAUGUCUUAAUCUGGCUAUGUCUGGCGCACCCCUAUUCGCCGUCACCUUCUUUUGGUUCAGGUGCUUUAAUGGGACUCUCUUCAAUUUGGAUCUUUACGUCUAUCUUAUUGCCGCUGCAUCUGCCCUUGCUGCGAACACUGUUUUUAGAAGUGCUGCAGGCGCAGUGUUUCCUCUAUUUGCGUCCCAGAUGUACACUGCCCUUGAUCCACGAUGGGCUUCGACUUUACUUGGCUGUAUUGCCUGCUUGAUGAUUCCCAUCCCUAUUGUGCUGAAACGGUUUGCAUCUGAUUUUUCUUUGGAGAAUCUGGUGAUUAAUCAUCUUUUGAAACACUGCUAUGGUCCGAUAUUACACGCCAGGUCUCAGUUUGCACCUGCGCUUGUUUAA